AUGGCUUUGGCUCUGUACUUGAACAUGGCUCAUGGCCCAUGGCCCAGAGAUCUUAUCGCUGCUCUCAUUGAACCUGCCGAUCCGAUCCGCUCGGAACCGAUCUGCGCGCCCGACGUCACGCUCAGACCCAAGAAUCAGCAGCAUAAAAAGAAAACGAAUGGCAAUGGGAGUGCGAAUGUGAACGGGCACGACACGACAAAAGAUUCCCAAACGGUCCCCAACUACUGUGAUCCCUGCGAGCGGCUCAAGACAUCGGUGGUGCUGGAGGAGUUAACGAAGCCAGCGACCACCAAUCCGGUGUACAACCAGAUGCUGUCGACGUAUUUCGACGAGGAGACAGUGAUGGGCACUUCCCUGCCCGUAAAGUUCCGUUUCCGGCGCAAGGCUAACGGAAACGACGUGGAGAAGAGCAGCAACCUCAUGUGCACCUCCACGAACAACACGAACGUUGUCGUCCUCACCAACUGUUGCGACAUCAUGGUGUGGCCUAGCCAGCGGGUAGCCCAGAUGAACAGAGUACCCGUGACUAUGAUUGCGGAGCCCGGCGACCUCACGGAGUACAUGCUGGAGGAGGAGACCAUCAUGUGCGCCCGGGUAAUGGGACAGUGAGGAGCUACAUAUGUAUAGACACAUCCAUUGCUGACUUCA